CUAUGUCGGUUUGUGCUGCAGGAUGUACUUUUAAAGCUGAAUGUAUGAUUUGAACAUUCGAAAUUUCUGUGCUGAAUAUAUUGAUCACGCCGGUGAACUUGGUUGGGCGUUCACCUUAAUCAUAGUUUCAAUCAUAUCAGCUCUUAUAGGUGCUAUUGUAAUGGUCAUAGUUCUAAGGUGUAGAAGAAUAAAAUCAGCUAAUAACGGCAAUGCUGGUCGCACGCAACCCUGGUGGUGUCGUAACAAUCGCAAUGGUGGCUCCAACGGACGUUCAACCCUGUCAAUCAAGCAUCCCGCCGAUAGCAUACGAAGGCGUCCGAAUAGCAACUCUGGAGUUUGGUCCUGGAGUCGUCGCUCUUCAGCCAGUCCCGAUCAGAUCGGUCCACCAUCCUCGUCGCCCGCCGAAAAUCAUUACACACACAUGGAUGAUGCAUAUAGUCCGGUUAAUGAGGCAUUGUACGCAGAAUUGGAUCGGGAAUCGGUACGUUCAGGAAAUCCGUCAUAUCAAAAUACGGCCUACAGUCAGUGUGGUGAGAAAUACAAUUUCCAACAACAUGAACAGGACAUACCGAUGGUAGUCUCAUCAGCGCCCAGUAGCGCUUAUUAUUCUGACCUCUCAGUGACCGCCGUGCCAGGUGGCGGCAACGAGCGUGCCUAUGAAAUUGUCGGUUUAACAGUUAUGUCACAGCCAUUACCCAAUUGGGAUGGCAGCAGUGGUGGUGGCAGCGGCAGUGGUGUUGUAGGUAUGGGUGUUGGCGGCACUCUUGGUGUACUUGGCAGCGGGGGACCCAAUGAAGCUUCGCAGCGACGUAUACCACGUUUAGCAGCCAUAAAUGAGACGAGCACAACAACUGUAGCAGCGUCAGUGCCCUCUGAUUAUGUAUGAAAUUUGGAGGAUGAGAGGCGCAGUGAGGAAGCGGUAUAGCGAUUUUAAAAUGCUAUUAUUUAAUACUUAUAUGCAAGUUUAUAUAUGUACAUGCAUACGUAUGUAGUUAUGUACAUGUGCAUGUACAUACAUACAUACAAAUAUUUUAUAGCAAUAGUUGUUAAGGAAGAUAGCGAGCGAAAGUGGCUGUUGGUAGUGAUUAUUCGAUACUUUUUCUUGCAGGUAUCGAUACUCCUUCCCCGAAACAAGUAUUUUUUUUACUCGAUACUUUUUUCAUGUUUGGUACUUGGUAUCGAUAUUCUUUUUGCAUUAUUUGCUUAAUGGCAGCACUAUAACUAUACACACAAAUGUUAAUUUGCCAUUCUUUUUUCGUGUUUACUUUUCUUGUAUAUUUUGUGUGUAAUUGAUUUUGAAAAG